AUGAUUCAAAACCAUUGUUAUUGCUUUUCUGGUAUUAUUAUUACUAUCUAUUGCUGCCUCCUAAUCCACGCUCUUGCUUCUCCUUCACUCCAUUUUUGCCGCCAUGACCAGAAGAAGGCUCUUUUGGAAUUCAGAGACGAGUUUCCGACUGGUGAGUUUCACGGAGGUCCGUGGAAUAAGAGCAGUACUGAUUGCUGUCAUUGGGAGGGUGUCACAUGCGAUGAUAGAUAUGGCCAGGUGAUAUCACUCGACCUUUCUGAGAUGUCUCUCAAUAGCUCUCUAAAAACUAAUAGUAGCCUUUUUAGACUCCAAUAUCUUCGUCACCUAAACCUUUUUCAGUGCGAUCUCCAAGGAAACCUUCCUUCUUCACUAGGAAACCUUUCUCAUCUCACAAUUCUUGACCUUUCUGUUAAUAAUUUGAUAGGCGAGAUUCCAGCUUCAAUAGGUUAUCUAAACCAUCUGAGAGAGCUUAGACUUUCAACCAAUCUUUUGGUAGGUGAAGUUCCGGUUUCUAUGGGAAACCUAAAUGGUCUAAGAGUCAUUGAUCUUGGCGGCAAUAGAUUAAGUGGCAAUUUUCCUAUUUUAUUCACCAAUUUAACUAAGCUUACCGAUUUAGACAUCAGAUUUAAUAAAUUCACAUCCACACUUCCAUCAGACAUGAGUGGAUUUCACAACUUGGAGUUUUUCGAUGUUUAUGAUAACUCGUUUGAAGGGCCUUUACCUAAAUCAUUGUUCUCAAUUCCUUCAUUACAAGUUUUAGAUUUGGGAGCAAACCAAUUCACGGGACCUAUACAGCUAGGGAAUACAUCUUUGUCAGCCUUUGAGCUUAAGACUCUAGACCUUUCUUAUAACAGCUUUGAUGGCCCAAUCCCUAGAUUUUUAUCAAAGUUAGUCAAUCUCGACGUUAUACAUCUUUCCAACAAUAAGUUGACAGUUUGGAAAACACCUCACAAGUAA